UCUUUUCCCCACCUAUCUUUCACAUAAAUUCAAUUAAAUCUCUAACCGACUCUUUUCAACCACUACUACACACUACAAAGACAAAAAAAAAAACACAAAUCAAAUCAUAGUAUACUCAUUACAAAACAGACAACUUAGGUAUGAUGAGAUUGAGAACUUCAUUUCUCUUUAUCUCUUUCUUCAUCUUAAGUUUAGGAUUCUUAGAAGCUCAAAAGGUUCCUGCUGUUUAUGUGUUUGGUGACUCACUUGUUGAUGUUGGAAACAAUAAUUACUUGAAUGAUACCUUUGCAAAAGCUAUUUUUCCUUACUAUGGUAUUGAUUUUCCAACUAAGAAACCUGCUGGGAGAUUUUGCAAUGGCAAGAAUGCUGCUGAUUUGAUUGCUGAAAAAGUAGGCCUUGCAACUUCACCACCAUACCUCUCUCUAGCAUCUUCUAAGGUAAAAAACAAGAAUGUAUCCUUCUUGAGUGGUGUUAACUUUGCCUCUGGUGGUGCUGGAAUAUUUAAAGGCAUAGAUCCAAAUUAUAUGCGAUCAAUACAUUUAACAGAGCAAGUGGACUACUAUUCACAAAUGUAUGAAGAAUCGACAAAACAAAUAGAAGUAUCAACACUUCAGAAACACCUCUCAGAAUCCAUCUUCUUUGUUGUGAUUGGCAACAAUGAUAUCUUUGAUUACUUCAAUUCAAAGGAUCUUCAAAAGAAAAACACCCCACAACAGUUUGUCAAAUCCAUGGCUUCUUCACUAAAAGUGCAACUACAGAGAUUAUACAAAAAAGGUGCAAGGAGAUUCGAGAUUGCUGGCGUGGCUGCAAUCGGAUGUUGUCCUACAUUGAGGCUUAAGAACAAAACAGAAUGCUUUUCAGAAGCCAACUUAUUGUCUGUUAAUUAUAAUGAAAACCUUCACUCCAUGUUAAAGAAAUGGCAAUUAGAGAGCAAGAACUUAAGUUACUCAUACUUCGACACUUAUGCUGCCAUCCAAGACCUCAUUCAGAAUCCAACUUCUCAUGGAUUUGUAGAUGUGAAAGCUGCAUGUUGUGGAAUUGGUGAACUGAAUGCUGAAGUUCCAUGUCUACCAAGUGCAAACAUUUGUACCAAUAGACAAGACCAUAUCUUUUGGGAUUCAGUCCAUCCUACUGAGGCAGUAACUCGCAUAAUUGUCGAUAGACUUUAUAAUGGACCGUCACAAUACACAUCUCCUGUUAAUAUGAAAGAGCUACUUCAUGUAUCAAUUGCCAAAUCACUUAGUCCCUUUACAUUUUUCAUUUUAUUGAGUUUGUUGGUUACUUGUUAUCAAACAAAAACAAAUUAGAAGAAGGAUAAGAAUUACCAAGAGAAAAGUGUAGCAGAAGAUAUAUGUUAAUCAACAGAAAUAUAGAAUCAGAUGAUUGUAAAUGAAUAUAUGAUCAUUUAUUCAUUUUCAUCAUCUUUUUCAAUCAAAUUCAAUUUGUUUCUUAAUAUGAAGCUUUAUGAGUAUUGCAGUUA